AUGAAAAUUGUCCUAUCCGUUAUUUUUCUCCUUCUUCUAGUUCAAGCUGAAAAUUGGGAGCUUUCUGAAAAUCAAAAACUCGCCGAUGAUCAUCUUCGCGAAAUCAUUACUCAUGUUAACCAAAAUCAAACCGAUGAAGCCAGGGAACUCAUCCACGAUGAUUUCAAAAUGAAAAUUGCAUCAUAUAAAUUUUCGGCUAACGUAUUUUUGAAGAUUUUACGAAAACACAAUAUUGAUGAAUCGCAUUUACCAAAACCUGAAGCGGUUGGCGAAGAUGAAGAAUAUGUUUUGGUGGCUUAUAAUUUUCCGAUGAAUGAAUCGUAUUUUGAUUUUAUGACUAAUACUACAAUCGAUAGAGCUUUUGGAGGGGGAUUUUUGUUGACAUCUGCGGUAUUCAGAUUCAAAAAUAAUGAAACAAGGAAAAAAAUAUUGAGCUUUUGA